UGUCGUGUUUGUUUUUUGUUAUAUAUCUUUUUUUUUUUUAAUUUCGAUGAAUGAGUCAAUGAGUUAAAAUCGCCACCUUCAUCGUUUGCCGAAAAAAUUACAUGGCUAUUAUUUUAAAUCAUAACAUUUUACAAACAAACGCUAACUUUCUUUCAAUAAUUGAUAGUGCAAAAGAUUAUGCAAUGCAAAAAGGUUUUACUAUGCGGCCAAGGGAGACUUCUCGAGAUGUUAGAGUACAUCUUCCCUUCUGUCUCGUCCCAUCUUUGUUUCCUGCAAAGUGGUUCUGGUUUGCGUGUGAAAUACAACCGGAGAUGAAUUUGGUUCUUCACAAAGUUGCUCAUUCAAAAGAAUUUUUGAAAGAGUGCCUUAGUGGCUUGAUAGAGGUGGAUGAUUUUAUCAAAAAUAUUUUUGAAAUAUUCGAGGCAGUUUAUGACAGUCAUACCAAAAGAGAGCAAGUGAGUCUGGGUCUCAUUCGUUCAGAUUACCUCUUGAGCCAAACUCCAUACGGUGAGCCAUCUCUGAAACAAGUCGAGAAUAAUACGAUAGCUUCUGGGUUCUGUGGAAUCUCGCCUAUUGCGAGAGAUUUGCAUUUAUUUAUCUUGAAAAAGUUUGGCAGAACUGGCAUUGAAAGCAAGUUGCCUAUCAACAAAUGUGACUUGGAAAUGUCAAGAGGGAUGAAACUGGCAUGGGACGUGUACGGGAACCCUGAUGCAGUUAUCAUUUUUGUGGUUGAGGAAGCAACAUUUAACAUCUCUGACCAACGAAUUUUGGAAUAUCAAGUUAUGAAACUGGAACCUCGAAUCAGAGUAAUGAGAUUGACAUUUGUUGAACUGAGAAGUUGUGCCGUGUUGAAGGAUGAGAAGCUUUUUGUGAAAGGUAAAGAGGUGGCACUGGUGUAUUAUCGUGAUGGAUAUGCUCCUGACCAUUAUGAGCCAGAGGACUGGGAGACAAGACUGUUAAUCGAGCGCUCACAAGCCAUCAAGUGCCCCUCUGUGGGUUACCAGCUGGCUGGAACCAAGAGGGUGCAGUGCUACCUUGCACAAGAUGGAAUCCUGGAGCGGUUCACCACCCAUGAAGUAGCUCAAAGGCUCAGACAAGUCUUUGCUUUCCAGUGCUUCCUAAAUGAGAAAGAAAAUAAUGAAGCUAUUUCUUCGGCUAUCCAGAAUCCAGAACUGUACGUCUUGAAACCAGAGCGCGAGGGAGGAGGUAACAACUUGUAUGGGAGAAAUUUGAAGAACCACUUGUUACAGAUUCGGAACACUCGGAAAUGCAAUGCUUACAUUUUGAUGCAACAUCUGAAUCCCCUUUCGCUACCAAACUGCAUCAUCAGGAGCGACAGCCACCCCAAAUUUUGUUCUGUUGUCAGUGAACUUGGGACUUAUGGUGCCAUAUUAGGAAGUCUAAAUUUCAUCCAUGCAAACUACUUUGCUGGCCACUUGCUUCGCAGCAGAGAAGAAGAUCGUGAGGAAGGAGGUGUUGCAGCAGGAUUUGGUGCAUUGGACUCUUGCAUCUUGGAAUAAAGAUCUUUUCAGCAAACAAAGAUUACUUUUUAAAAUCAAAAAUUUUAAAAAUUAAUUUAUAAAAUAUUUUAUAUUUGUUUAUGACGUUUACUUUUAAAAACAAGUAUGAAAGAUUUUUUUUUAAUGAAACCAAAGAUUUUAAAAAUGGAUUUACAAACUAUUUUGUA